AUGCCUCAAAACGAAGCUGCGUGGAUUCAGACUGCCUCAACGGCUUUCGUGGUGGACUCUGCGCCGGUGCCAAAGCCCGGUCCCAGGGAGAUAGUGAUCAAGAACCACGCGGUGGCCAUUAACCCCGUUGACUGGAAGAUCCAAUAUUACCAAGGGGGCUAUCUAAAGAACUACCCCUUCAUCCUCGGAACCGACGCCGCAGGAACAGUCGAAGAAGUCGGUGAAGAAGUGACAAAGUUCAAGAAAGGCCAGCGGGUUAUUGCACACCUGGUGGGAUUGAAGACAUUCGAGCCAGCCAACAAUGCAUUCCAGCUGUAUCCGGUAUCCGAUGAGAGACUCACGGCUGUCAUUCCGGAUUCUCUGAGCUUCGAGCAAGCAGCGGUCCUGCCGAUAUCUAUCUCCACAGCGGCCACUGGGCUGUAUUCUCCAGAUAACCUGAACCUUCCCCUGCCAUCGGAGAAUCCUAAGCCCACCGGGAAAACCCUCUUGCUUUGGGGAGGAGCCUCGUCCGUCGGAACCAUCGUCAUCCAGCUGGCUGUUGCUUCAGGGCUGAAAGUAGUCGCCACUGCUUCUCCGGCUAACCACCAGUUUCUCAAGGAUUUGGGUGCCAGCGCCGUGUUUGACUAUAAGUCUCCCUCUGUCGUGGAGGACAUAGUCAAGGAGCUUCAGGGCAGUGAGAUCGCUGGGAUCUAUGAUGCCAUCACAACAGACCAGAGUCUUGAGCCUGUUGCAGCCAUUGCGAGGCUGAUAGGCAGUCACGAUAUAGCGACGGUGAAUUACCGAGAGAGUUCGCCUGAGGGAGUCAAUUUCAAGAUGGUCAUCUGUUAUGCACUGGCCUUCUCUCCCCACGAGAAGAUCGGCGAAGCCGUCUGGGGCGAGUUCGUGCCAAAGGCUCUUGCCAGUGGACAGUUGCAGGCCAAACUUGAUCCGUUUGUUGUUGGUCAUGGAUUGAGUGAGAUCCAACGUGCAGUAGAUCUCCAGAAGGCUGGAAUAUCUGCUAAGAAGGUUGUUGUCACCCUCGCUUGA